AUGGCCGCUUCGGUUGGCCGCGCCAGCGGUCACGAGGCUGGCGCCGGCUUUGGGAGAGGCACCUUUUCAACGCUGCUGCAGCAGCUGGCGAACUUCAACGAGGCGCAAGAACAAGAGAUCUUUCGGUUGAGGAGGGAAGUGGCUGCACGUACGUCGCCUCCUGCUGAGGAUGCCACAGACAGCGAGGAAGUGCCCUUUGAGCGUUUGAAGUUGGAAGAGGUGAAGGUGGGAGGCGCUCGUGACAGUCGAGGUAGUUACGGCAGUUGGAGCCGGGCGCUGGACGAGUUUGGGGAUGCAAAGAGCCCAGGAGAUGUCAAGCAGCUCUCCUUGCGCGAUUGCUGGCGUGCGAACUUGCAGAGAGGCACGCGGCUGGUGGAGGAGAAACGCGAUGAAGCCGUGAGGGUGGCUCGGAAGCACCAUGCUUCCAUCUACAUGGAGGAGACAGCAGGCGAUCGCAAGGGCUAUAAGUGCAUCCUGCGGCCCAAUGACCCUAUUCGUGUCACAUGGGACCUCUUGGGCAUGUUCCUUCUCUUCUACGAUAUUUGCACCAUCCCCCUGGCGGCGUUUGAUCCGGAUCCUCAUUGGUUCACCACAACGAUGGAUUGGACCACACAGAUCUUUUGGACCUGUGACAUUGUCAUGUCACUGAUCACCGGCUAUGUGCACGAAGGUGGAAUCAUUGUGGAUCCGGUGAAGAUCUUGAAGAAUUAUUUGAGAACCUGGUUCGUGCUGGACCUGGCAGUCUGUGGGCCAGAUUGGAUCUCCACCUUCGUGGAGAUCUAUAGCACCGACUUCACCAAUGAUCCGGGUGGUGUCAAUCGCCUGCUGCGCUCCUUGCGUGUGGUCCGCACCGUUCGACUCUUACGCUUGGUGAAGUUGAAACGAAUCUUGGCCACCAUCAAAGACCGGAUCACCUCGGAGGCAGUCUUUAUUUUGCUGAAUAUCUGCAAGUUGAUUGGUCUGCUGCUUUUGGUGAAUCACUUCAUCGCCGCCGCAUGGUACUUGGUGGGGAGCAUCGUUUGGAGCACCAACUGGUUGGACGUCUACAGCAUGCGGAAAGAGCAGGCAGGCUUGGGCUACCGCUACAGUACCUCGCUCCAUUGGUCCUUGACACAGUUCACUCCUGCGUCAAUGGAUGUGCACCCUCAGAACGUUUGGGAGCGCUACUUCGCCAUUAUGGUACUGAUUGCAGGCCUGGUGCUCUUCUCUUCCUUCAUCAGCUCGAUCACAGGCUCCAUGUCGCAGCUGCGGAACAUGAAAGCGGACAAGUCAAAGCAGCCCCUGGGCGUCGAAUGGUCAGUUCAAGAGUCCAAGAGCCAUGGAUGGUUCUGGUUGCUGCGGCGCUACUUGAAGCAACAGAAAGUUCCACGAGAUCUGUGCUUCCGAGUGCUUCGCUACAUCGAAUAUGCCAUGAACAACGUGGACGACCGAGUGCCUGAAGGGAGAAUCACUAUCCUGAAUUCCCUGACAGAACAGUUGAGGAACGAGUUGAAGUUCUUCACGCACUUUCGUGAUCUCAUUUCUCAUCCGUUGUUUGGCCACAUCCGUCGACUCAGCGAGGCCAUCCUGAACCGUGCCUUGCCACGAGAACGGGGUGGGAUGAGUGGCCGUGUGUUGCGCGAGACCGAGCUGGCGGCCGGAGAUAAACUCUUCAGUCUGGUGGAUGCCUCAGCGGAGAUGUUCUUCAUUCAGCAAGGCCAUAUCCAGUACACCCUCUCGCGAAGGAGUGAAACGCCUUGGAAGGAGGACUCACAUCGCAAAACACUUCAGUCAUUCCAGUCCUUCCAAACCAUUGAAAUGCCCGACCAGACCCUGGCUCCUUGCCAGGACGACUACCUCUGCGAAGUUUCACUCUGGAGCCAUUGGGUGCACCUGGGGCUGGCACAGGCAAAUCCUGCGGGAACGAAAAACUGCGACGUAUCAACUACCCAAAAGAACAGAGAAAUAUGGAGAACACAGAAAACCAAGAAAAUUGUGCCUAUACAGUCUAUUGAUUUUCCACAUGUUGAUUCAUGGUAG